CUGCUGUCAGCGGGAGCGAGAUGCCGCAGUUGUCAGGGCAAUGGCGUCUUAUCUCCUGCGAAGUGCUCUCUGCGGCACUGAGAGAUGUAGCUGUUGCUGUGAGCGAGUGAGAGAGCUAAACAGUUGAGCAGAUUCCUAAAACUGCUUUACAGCGAGACGUUUUGAGGACAAAUUUAAGGACAAACGCCGUCGAGCGAUGCAGCUGUCCGGAUUUCUGGAUGCUGAAAAUUACGCCGCAACGUAAACGAGAAUGUAAACGCUGGCGCCUGUGAGUACAGAGCUUUGUUCCUUAGGUUAGCAAGCUAGCUUGUGAGACACUGUACGCAAGCGUACCGCUGUAAAUCUACGUACAAUUUAGACGAAUGUGACUUGGUAUUGAACUUUGGUUCAAAAUAUCUUUUUAUUUACUUGACUUGUCUUUCAUUAGCUCUGCUAGGUUAGCUGAGCAGCUAGCUGUGUGACGUAUGUAUGUUUUCAUGCGUGAACUUUCAGCAGCUGCAGCCACCAGCGGUGGCGGAGAGAGAGCCGCUGAUACAGACCUGCUCUGCGCAGGAUCCGCUCGUGUAGCUGAACUAAACAACCGAAUGUGACUAAAUGUGUCUUCGCCGAUAAGCAGAAAAAUGAUGGAACCUCAGGAAAAUACAAACGAUGACUCCGUACCAUCACCAGCUCCGCCGCCGUUACCCCGAGAGAGAAUCCCGGUGCAGAAAGGCAGUGUGUGUUCACGGUCCUACUUUAUGGUCGUCAUGGUCUUCUUCCACGUGUACGUCCUCAAUGUCAUUGCACUGCUGCUUUACGUGCAUUACAACAGCGGCUCUGAGGCGGGCAGCUCCAGCAGAGACUUCAGCAGCAGGAGCAACGGGCACAAAGUAGCAGAACCGCUGGAUCCGCAGCCUGCUGACCCUGGGUUUACACGAAGAAUGCACCUUCCUCGGAUUGAAGGAAUACGGGUGGGCCAUGUCCAAAAAGUCUCUCUGGUGCCAGGAAAAAUGCAUGAGAUGAAGACCCUCAGUCUAAAGCCCCUGCUCUUCGAAAUCCCUCAUUUCCUCUCAGAGGAGGAGUGUUCUGUGGUGGUGCGCCUGGCUCAGCUGAAGGGCCUGAUGGAGAGUCAGGUAAUGGUGCCUGAGGGACAAGAGGAGCUAAACCAGCAACUCAACCUCAGCCCUGAAGAAAUAUUCAAUUUGCUUGACCUCAACCAGGAUGGCCAGCUGCAGCCACAUGAGAUUUUGACACAUUCUCGUGUGAGAGAUGGAAUCUGGUUGACUCCUGAGAAUCUUAGGGAGAUCUAUGCUGGCCUCAAAGCUGAUCAUGAUGGGAAUGGUCUGUUAAGUUUGGAGGAAUUUGGGCAGCUGAGCAGUGAUGCGUUCCAGCGUUUUCUUCUUCAGCGUGGCGUAAAGAGGAGCCAGUUGGUGAGGAACAGCAGGCACACAUGGCUGUAUCAGGGACAAGGAGCACACCAGGUGCUUAGAGACCUCCGCAACAGAGUCAUACGUUUAACAAGGCUCCCACCCUCUUUGGUGGAGUUGAGUGAGCCUCUUCAAGUGGUACGCUACGAGCAAGGUGGUCAUUACCAUGCUCAUCAUGACAGCGGACCGGUCUACCCUGAGACAACCUGUACACACACUCGGCUUGCUGCAAACACCACCUCACCCUUCCAAACGUCCUGCAGGUAUAUUACUGUCCUGUUCUACCUGAACACUGUAGAGGAAGGAGGUGAAACUACUUUUCCUGUGGCAGACAACAGGACCUAUGAGGAAGUGUCACUUAUACAAAAUGAUGUGGAUCUGUUGGACACUAGGAAGCACUGUGAUAAAGGCAACCUAAGAGUAAAGCCCACCAAGGGGACAGCAGUGUUUUGGUACAACUACCUUUCUGAUGGCAGAGGCUGGGUGGGUGAACAAGAUGAGUACUCCCUACAUGGAGGCUGUGUGGUUACUCGGGGAACAAAAUGGGUGGCCAACAAUUGGAUCAACGUAGACCCUGACUACCAUCGACAGGCCCGCUAUCAGCAGCUCGUCUCUCAGCAGGAGUCUCAGGAGCAGCAACUAGAGAAAAACCCAGAGCAGAACACAGACACACACCAAGACCUGUAAAUACACACACACACACACGCACAUACACACUCAGACGCAAACCAUAACCUGCAAACACACGCAGAAACACCCUGACGCACUUAAUUACAUGUACACUUGAGGUGUACAAUUCAUUAAAGCUUCAUGAAAAGGCUUAUCUUAUUCAACUCAUUUGGUCUUUGCCAGAUUUAAUUGAUGUGCUAGGGCAGUGAAAUCACCAAACAAUGCUGUAUAUUGGACAUGCGCAUGCACUCAAACACAUUCUGUCUGUUUCUGUACUCGUUUUAAAAUGCCCUUGCUAAACUAGGACUCGUCACUUCCCUGAUUAGAAAUAAUCACUGCCAUCUUAAGAGCCAUUCCAUUACUUUAUUAAUUCAAGUGAAGUUUGCUAGAUCUGCCCUUCAAGGGGCAAGUGAACAUAAGUAUCACUUUAGCUGGAGAACUUGCCCUGGGGUCUGAUGCCAUUACUUUUUCAAAGGACAAAGCUAUUUAUAAGCCAUAGCAAUAAAAUAUGGAAUCAUUCGCAGUUGACAACUAUAACAUUCAAUUUGCAAUACUCUAUUUAUGUUCAAAAAGCUGCCUCUGUUUUACAACUCUGCCAGUCUGCUAGCUUGUUUGUGAGCAAGCUAACGGCUACACAGCUAGCAAGAACAAAAAGCAUCACAAUAGUUAUUAUUCAUAAAAUGUACGCAUGUUAUGUUCAGACUUAUCAAAUGAUUUGCAUUACAAAAAUUUGCAUAGCUAGCUAAUUUGAUCACUGAGGCUGUCCCCCUCUCCACUCCCCCUCCUGUGUAAUGUAGUUGUGAUGCACUUCUGAGUGGUAAUUCGAAAUUAGCAAGGGCAUGUCAAUAAAAGUGAAACAAAGACCAUACCUUAACUUUACCUACCUGACAUUUUAGCUGCAGUGUUUAAGGUCAGCCACCUGUCCGAAGCCCUCAGCACAAAGACUCAAAGUUCUUCAAUAACAAACCCAAAUAUUGGGUUGGUGUGCUGUACCUGUGUUUGAUUAUUGAGACUCUAAAAUGUCCUCUGUGUUAGAAUAUUCUCCCAUCAUUGACAUUGUUCUACAAUGCUCACGCUCCAUUCACACCGUUAUUCAGCAUUAGCUCUCAGUUUACACUGUUUUUUAUAUUAACCCUUUAUUCACACUGUUAUUCAGUGUUCACCUCCAUUCACGCUAUUCUACUGUGUUCACUCCCACUCCCACCAGUUUGUUUGGUUUACCAGUGAAACAGUUGAAGACAACUACCAAUUUUAGAAUGUUGUGUGUUAGGGGCCGUUUAAAGGUCCUCUUAGAAGGACCUCUGUGCUUUCUAAAGGAAGAAAAACAAGAGGCACACUGCAGUCUUUUUUACACUGUCUCUGAAUGCUUGUCUGCUUGUUGCUAAGAAAUUAUAGCAUUGUAACGGUCAGAUAGCUGUGCUAGCUGGCUGUUGUUUUGAUAUGUACAGGCAGAAAGCUUGGUCACUUGCUCUUUUAGAAAAUGAUUUAUAGUUAAUUAGGAGGUGUUCUGCUCCUACUAAAACAAGCUAAAUAAUAAAAAAGCAGCACUGUGCUAAUUUUGAUCUUUAAAAUAUGUAGUUGAUCAGCGGAAAAUGUUCAUGAUGCAGGUUACUUUUUCCACUUGGUGUGCCUGGAGCACAGCACACAAACAACAGCAGUGCAGGGCAUAUAAAUGUGAGGCAUCAAGUGUGCAAAAACAACACGCAAAACCUGUCUCCGCCAGGCUUUGUAGAAAAGAUGUGACGUCUUCAACUAAAAAGUGUAUGUGUGAACCCCUUCUUAGCUUAUUAUCAAAUGCCGUUUUGCAGUAACAGGAAUUAAUCAAAGGCAGAGCUGACUUAAGACCAUCACCAGACAAAAAGUAUUGUUUCUUUGCUAAUAUGUAACAUGUCCUCUUUCCUUAACAACAGUCCCAGUCCUGUCAGGUAAUUUUAGAGUUUGUUUUCCUGUUUCAGCAUUUCACCUGUUGUAAUUGGGUCUGGUGAAAUUGCUGGUCGUAGUGUCCCGGUGUUCCAUCAUGUCUGUUGAACCAGUCACAUACAGACACCCUACAGUUAUGCUGAUCUGUGGGAAUUGUUGUGUUCUGCUAAGAAAUGAAGCACAAAGUCAGUGGUGUCAAAAUUUGUGCUGUCAUUAAGUAAUUUGGAUGCAGGAAUUAGAGAAGAUAUUAUGCAAUUGACCAAUUUUUGUCCAAAGAGCUUAUUUGCCAGGGUCACAUCUAUUAGUUGUCUGUUCUUAAGACCUUAGUCUGUUAUUUAGCCUGUGUGGUCUUUAGCGGCAUGUCCUACCUAAAAUUUGAUUUCCAACCAAAUCUGCUUUAGCUAACAUGGAGCACACACACACACUAGGACCUUAGAGAGAAGAAACACAUACAUUGUAAACGUAGAUCUAGAGAUACAUAAAAAAAAAAAACUAAAACACUGUUUGACCUGCACGAUACAUACAGCCUGUGGUCCCAUAUACAGCCUGCA